GACAGAGAGAGAGAGAGAGAGGGCCAACAACAACAACAACAACAGCAAGGAGGGAACUAGAUUUGAAGUGGGUUUUUAUUUUUAUUUUAUUUUCAGUUUAUUCAGUUAUUUGUUGUUUGUCAUUUUGGUGAUGCACAAUGGUGACUGACCAGGAACUAGCAAACAUUGUAGAGAAAUUACUAAGAACAUCUGAUCCACAAGCAUUUACAAAUCUAGACAGUAUUGUUAAACAUUUAGAAGCUAAAUUAGGGUUAGACUUAUCUCACAAAUCUAAUUUCAUUCGUCACCAUAUUCAGUAUCUCUAUGGUCACCAACAACAACCACACCCACCACCACAACAGCAACAACAACAUCCUCCACCACCACCACAACCACAACCGCAACAACACCAUCCUCCACAGCCACAACCCCAUCUUACACCUAGAGAUCAUUUCGCCCUUCAAGCUCAAUACCAGCAACUACGACAACAUCAUCCUCAAUUUCAUCAACACCAACAGCAUUCUCAUCAGAUCGCUUCUCAUUUUGCUCUACAACAGCAGCAACAGCAGCAGCAACAACAGCAGCAACAACAACAACAACAAAGGCAUCAUGAAGAGCUAAACUUUCAUGCUCCCACUCAACAACAAAAUCCAAACAUACAUUUACAAACAAACCCAAACCCUCUUCCUAUACAGCCACAGCCUCAGCCUCAGCCUCAGCCUCAGCCCCAGGGGAGGUCUCAUCCUAAGAAAACUAAAGCUGAGCCUAAAGAAGGUGCUCCAGCUAAAAGAAGAGGUGGCCCAGGGGGUCUAAACAAAGUUUGUGGUGUCUCACCUGAACUUCAGACCAUUGUUGGUGAGCCAACAAUGCCCAGGACCGAGAUUGUUAAGCAACUAUGGGCAUACAUAAGGAAACAUAAACUUCAGGAUCCUAGUAACAAAAGAAAGAUAAUCUGCAAUGACGAGCUGCGUUUGGUGUUCGAAACAGAUUGCACUGACAUGUUCAAGAUGAACAAGCUGCUAUCCAAACAUAUUAUUGCUCUUGAACCAUCAAAAGAAUCUGGUCGUGAGAAAAAACGAGCGAAGGUAGAAGUGGAAUCUGCAAGUGAAAGUACUGAACCUCCUAGUCCAUCAUCCCAUGUCAACCUGAAUGAGAUUUUGUAUUCUCUCAACUAUGAUGACGAAGAAUCUGGUGAAGAGAAAAAACAAGUAAAAGCGGAGAAGGAGUCUGCAAGUGUUGUACCUCCUAGUCCCUCUCUUGUAAUAAUAUCCGAUGCACUUGCUAAAUUUUUUGGUUCUGGAGAUAGGGAGAUUCCUCAGUCUGAGGCUUUAAGCCGUGUCUGGGAGUACAUACAAGCGAACCAUCUGGAGGACCCUAUGGAUUCCAUGAUGAUAUUAUGUGACCAGAAGCUUCAAGAGCUUUUUGGAUGUGAGACCCUUCCUGCCCUGGGAGUAACUGAGAUGGUUGGACAUCAUCUUUUCAAGCGUUCAUAAUAGAUGCACAGUGUGAAUGUCAUACAGCCAGUAACUUGACUAUAUACAGCAGAUACGUAGUAGGAAUAGAUUUUAGUGUUUGGUGCUGUAAUUGGUUAGGAAAAUACAAUGUUAACAGAACCUUUUCUUUUCUGUUGCUAUUCUACGAUCUAUGUUCAGGUUUCCUAUUAACCUUAUCACGAUGAUUAAUGUAUUAAGUUUUUCUGGUCAUCUAUUUUACAUUAAUUUUCUA